AUGAUUCAACCACUUCUCCUCGCAGGCGGCCAUUCCGCGCGCAUGGGAUUCCGCAAGGAACUUAUCUGUCUUAAUGAAAUUCCAGUCUACGAGCACCAGCUUAUCAGACUGCGCAUCGCGUGUCCCGACGCCGACGCAGUCUAUCUGUCCUUGCCAAACCCGAGUGUACUGGCUCCAAUAUUAGAGAACCCACGCAUCGAACGGCUUACGGAGACGACCCUGCAGUUGUAUUACAAAAGACUUACAUUCCCGGUAAAUCUUCUCUACGAUGAUCAGGACGUGGGUCCGGCUGGCGGCCUUCUUGCUGCCCACCGCGACGAUCCAGAUGCUUCCUGGCUUGUCGUAGCUUGCGAUUACCCAUUUGUCUCGGUCUCUUGUAUGAACCAGCUAUGCAAAGAAAUGGCAACACCUGUUACGUGCUUCGAAAACGCGGAUGGGAUUCACGAGCCGCUGCUGGGGGUCUGGUCAGCCCCUGCCUUGUCGCAUCUAAAAGAGAAUGUGAAAAAGGGCAUUCUGGGCCCAAAGUCCGUCCUCAAGUCGCAGGGCAAAACAAUUAGAACCCACGACGAAAACUGUCUAUACAAUGUGAACACGCCAGCGGAAUAUGAGGGAGCUCUACGGAUGAGCGAGUACAUCGCGUCGAUUACACAGGACAUUGGGACUUAUGUUCAUAGCUAUGGUUAA